AUUGACAAACAAACCCCAUCAAAACUCAAGUUCAAGUUCUGUCAAGCAAACAAUUAAUCGCUAGAAAUUACGAAAUUUUACGUAGGUAGUUAUCAAAACAAUUUAUAAAACAAAUCGCAUUAAAGAUUAACAAUGAAAACUGGACUUCUUUAUGGAAUCGUUGCAAACUCAAAAACUCGGAUGCGUUGUGUAUUUUGUGGGGUUUAUAUACCGAAGGCCACGAAAUGCAUCGAAGAGCACACAAAUGGCACGAAACAUAAAGAGAAUAUAGAACAAAUGGCUGAGAAUGGGAUAAGUUUCAACCAUUACGAUGAUCAGUUGUACUGCAAGCCAUGUAACAUUAAUUUGGGGGAAGAAGAGUCAGUACCAUCACAUCUUGAAUGCGACACCCACGCAAAUUGGAUGGCCGCUAUGGACGACUUGAUAGAAGGUGAGUUCAUCAAUGUAGAUGCUUAUCUGGCUGGCGAGAGCGAAGACGUCUAUUGCGAGGUCUGUAAUUGCAAGAUCACUUGUGUGCUCAGUAAUAUUGAAGAACAUGUAAAUGAUAUACUCCACCGCAGCAACGUAGCUGAGAAACUCAAACCAUCAAAUGGCAUAUUUCCCACCGAGAAAGACGAUGAACUGUGGUGCAAGGUAUGCAACCAGCCCAUAGAGAAUACAGCAAGAAGCCUACUCUCGCACAUUGAUGAUAACUUUGUUCACGUCAUGUGGCUCAUGGAGAUGCAGGAUCUUAUCGAAACCCAUGAAAUAUCAGUACAAGAUUAUCUUAAAUGUAAAGAGGAGAAAAAUGCAUAUUGCAACAGAUGCCAGGUUGAGAUCCCUUGCAAUAUCCAAAGCAUCAAAGAUCACAUUGCAAAUGGUGAACAUUGAAUUAAAUUCAUUAGUUUAUUAAUUUAAAUUUUAACCCCAUUAUGUUGUAGUUAUUUAUUUAUAGAUAGACGAAUUGAAAUCACAAUUUUUAUUUAAUUUUUAAUCCAAUAUGAAAUCAAUUAAUAUAGUGCACUGGUGUGUUAUAAAAUACAAAGAUUAACAAGUUAUUAGUCUUUUCAUGGUGAUUCAUUUAAGAAAAAUAUUGCACAUCAAAGCUAUUGUAUGAGAUGGAUUGAUUUAAUUACAGUUGUUUUGAUUUGUACAUUCCCCUGUAGUUGUACCAUUUUGUGUUCUAUUAUUUAUAAAUAGUAUGUUUAAUCUGUGGAUAUUAGUAGUGCUAUCCAUAUAUAUAUUUUUUUAAUUAAAAAAAAAGACAUGAUUUUCCUGUAUACUGUAUUAUAUAUAAAUGUAUUAAAAAUAGAUCUGAUUUAUUCUAUUUAGAAUUUAAAAGAUAUUUUUUAACACUGGUUGUUUACAAUGCUACAAAAAAAAAAAUGUGUUUAUCUCGCUCUUGUAAACUGUUAUGGCUUGUAUACUGUAAAUACAAAAAAAAGUUAAAUCUUCAAAUUCUAUGUAUUGAAAUGUUUAUAAAAGCAUGCUAUAAAAUUAUAUAUUUAAAUGAAGCUGUUUCUCAUAGCUAAUAUAUAUAUAUAUAGAACCUGCAAAAAAAUCUAUUAUUGACUAGCAACAUAACAUUUCAAAUGUGUAUAAUAUAGAUAGUGAAAUCUGUUUUUUUUUUUUGCAGGUUUUAUGACUUACAAUUAAAACUGUAGUUAUUGGAAUUGUUCAGAGAAUUACAUUACCAAAUAAAUAAUAUUUAAAGCUUC